AUGUCUGCCACUUUCGAAUCAACAACAAGCAAACUCUUCACACCACUCACAUUGGGAACUGACAAAAUUCCAGCCAGUCAGAGAAUUACUUUGUCCCAUCGAAUUGUGAUGGCUCCACUCACUCGUUGCAGAGCAGUGGAUGGAGAUUGUGAACAAACAGAACAUGCAAUUACUUACUACUCUCAACGUGCCACACCAGGUGGUUUAAUCAUUGCUGAAGCUUCACAAAUUACUCCACAAGGACAAGGAUAUCCAUGUUCUCCAGGUUGUUAUUCUGAAGCUCAGGUUAAAGCUUGGAAAAAGGUGACAGAUGCUGUCCAUCAAAAGGGAGGUGUCAUCUUUUUGCAAUUGUGGCAUGUUGGUAGACAACGUUAUGCUGACAAUGUAUCCUCUUCUGCAGUUCCAAUUCAAAAUGAAACAUCUACAAAUUUGAAAACCAGAGAACAACAAUUGCCAACUACUCCAAAGGCAUUGUCCAUUGAGGAAAUCAAGGUCAUUAUGGGACAAUAUAAGCAAGCUGCUAGAAAUGCUAAAUUGGCUGGAUUUGAUGGAGUAGAAUUGCAUGCUGCUAAUGGUUAUCUAGUUGACCAAUUUUUACAAAAUGGAGUUAAUAAGAGAACUGAUGAAUAUGGUGGUUCCAUUGAAAAUAGAUUGAGAUUUAUGCGUGAAGCUAUUUCAGCAUGUAUUGAAGGAUUUGAUAAUCAAUCUGAUCGUGUUGGAAUUCGUUUGAGUCCAAGUGGAUGUUUCUUGGAAAUUAGUGAUUCAGAUCCAAAACCUCUCUUUGAGGCAGCUGUCAAGGCAUUGGAUGAAUAUGAUUUGGCAUAUAUUCACCUUGUAGAACCAAGAAUAUCAGGUGGAGCAAAUUCAGAUGAUGGCCAAGCUGAAUCCAAACCUGUGGUUGUAACCAAGGAAUUGAACCCAUUGACAAGAUCUCCAAUUAUUUCAGCUGGUGGUUUUACUCCAGCCACAGCAAAGAGUACCACAGAAGAGGGUGCCACAGAUAUGAUUGCUUUUGGAAGACACUUUAUUUCUAAUCCUGAUUUGGUUGAAAGAAUUAGAAAUGGUCAUCCACUUAAUCAUUAUGAUAGAAGUACUUUCUAUGGUUCCAAAGAUGUUGUUACUGGUUAUACCGAUUAUCCAACUUUUCAAUAA